AUGGCUCAGAGCGUGACUCCCCGGGAGCUGGGGGAAGCCACCGAAGGAGCUGAGGCCUGUGACCGGGGUGUAAGGAGGCUGCGAAGACGGCAACAAAGGUGGCUUGAGCCGGUUCCCGCCCAGGAAGAAAGGCUGGCGCGGGAGCCAGGCCCAGAGCUCAUGCCCGCACCCCGGAACCGGGCCGGCGACGGCCCCAGGAGGGAGGCUGCAGGCCAGCGCUGUGACCAAGGUGUGGCGUGCUGUGCUGUGCGACUGGAAGGAGUCGGUUUCCCCUUCAGGCGUCUGAGGAGUCACUCAGGAGGUGGGGAGCGCGACAGUGUCCCGGGACAGCCCCGUGGCACUGACGAGGCGAGUCCCAAAGCUGCUGAGGGCCGUCCAGGGAGCUGCACCCCCAUUGCCCUGCUGGCCACCGUCACCCUCCAGACGUUCAGCGAGGCAUCCUUGUCUCAGGAACGGACGCUGUCUGCAGUUCUUACUGGUCUAACAGGAUGUCGAGUGUUGUUGGAGUCGCAGACUGGGGCCAAAGAUGAACGGUCUCGCGGGCGGCACCACGGCGACCCAUUCCUUCACCAGAGCUCGCUGAAGCGACUUCCUGUAACACCAGCAGGCCCCAGGCCUUCCCGGGUGGACAGGCUGGCGCGGGAGCCAGGCCCAGAGCUCAUGCCCGCACCCCGGAACCGGGCCGGCGACGGCCCCAGGAGGGAGGCUGCAGGCCAGCGCUGUGACCAAGGUGUGGCGUGCUGUGCUGUGCGACUGGAAGGAGUCGGUUUCCCCUUCAGGCGUCUGAGGAGUCACUCAGGAGGUGGGGAGCGCGACAGUGUCCCGGGACAGCCCCGUGGCACUGACGAGGCGAGUCCCAAAGCUGCUGAGGGCCGUCCAGGGAGCUGCACCCCCAUUGCCCUGCUGGCCACCGUCACCCUCCAGACGUUCAGCGAGGCAUCCUUGUCUCAGGAACGGACGCUGUCUGCAGUUCUUACUGGUCUAACAGGAUGUCGAGUGUUGUUGGAGUCGCAGACUGGGGCCAAAGAUGAACGGUCUCGCGGGCGGCACCACGGCGACCCAUUCCUUCACCAGAGCUCGCUGAAGCGACUUCCUGUAACACCAGCAGGCCCCAGGCCUUCCCGGGUGGACAGUGUGCCACACCGUGGGGGCCUGUGUGCGGCCGUGGCGCUAGGAGCUGUGGCUCCAGCCUUUCUCACGCCAACAGGGGCCCCCGUGGUGCAUAGGUUUCAGCAGAGCUUCGCGGCUAAGACUAGCAAGAAAGACCUGGCAAUCUGCAUCCACAAAUCGGCCAGCGAAGACCCUAUGGGUCCCCACAGGACGCUGUCCGGCAUGAGGGAAGAUGAGCCCCUAGGUGGGACGUCCCUCAGGCUAGCGCCAGAGUGA